CUCUCCUGGAUCUCUGUGGUACCAUCAACACCUUUAAGGAGCAUACUAGUUACACAUGUUGCCUUUUGAAGCUCUGAACCUCUUUCCGAGCUACAGACUUGAAGCUCUGACAGGCAUCUAGGAGCCCAGCUGAACCCUACCUGUCAGAUAGUACAAUGCCCAGCUCCACAUCCAAGUUCCUCAGCAGCAGCCCCAAGACUGGAAGAGCUGUUCUUGGUUUCCAGCUGUUCUUAGACCCACCAAGCCUCCUUUGGUUGUGCACCCCACCCUCCUUGCCUUGUCCCUUGCAGGUCCAGCUACAGCUACUGACAGCCAUUGUGAAGCUCUUCCUGAAGAAGCCAACAGAGACUCAGGAGCUGGUGCAGCAGGUCCUCAGUCUGGCCACUCAGGACUCAGACAACCCAGACCUUCGGGACCGUGGCUACAUCUACUGGCGCCUGCUCUCCACCGACCCUGUAGCUGCCAAAGAGGUGGUGCUGGCCGAGAAGCCCCUCAUCUCAGAGGAGACAGACCUUAUUGAGCCUACACUACUAGAUGAGCUCAUCUGCUACAUUGGCACACUGGCUUCUGUCUACCACAAGCCACCCAGCGCCUUUGUGGAGGGUGGCCGAGGAGUGGUGCAUAAGAGUCUGCCACCCCGCACUGCCUCGAGCGAGAGCACAGAGAGCCCUGAGACAGCCCCUACUGGAGCAGCCUCUGGUGAUCAGCCUGAUGUCAUCCCUGCCCAGGGCGACCUGUUAGGUGACCUCCUCAAUCUGGACCUUGGGCCUCCAGUGAGUGGUCCACCUUUGGCUGCCUCCUCAGUGCAGAUGGGAGCUGUGGACCUUCUUGGUGGUGGCCUCGACAGCCUGAUGGGGGAUGAACCUGAAGGGAUUGGAGACACCAACUUUGGGGCACCUCCAGCAGUGACAGCAGCAGCAGCAGCAGCAGCAGCAGCACCAGCCAGACUUGGAGCACCCCUCAGCAGUGGCUUAAGUGACCUCUUUGACCUGACCAGUGGCGUGGGCACCCUUUCAGGAUCCUAUGUAGCUCCUAAAGCAGUCUGGCUCCCUGCCAUGAAAGCCAAGGGCCUGGAGAUCUCGGGCACCUUCACCCGCCAGGUUGGCUCCAUCUCCAUGGACCUGCAGCUGACUAACAAAGCCCUGCAGGUCAUGACAGAUUUUGCCAUCCAGUUCAAUCGUAACAGCUUCGGCUUGGCCCCCGCUGCACCACUCCAGGUGCACGCGCCGCUCAGUCCCAACCAGACUGUGGAGCUCUCCCUGCCUCUCAGCACCGUGGGCUCAGUCAUGAAGAUGGAGCCUCUGAACAAUCUUCAGGUGGCUGUGAAGAACAACAUCGAUGUCUUCUACUUCAGUACCUUGUACCCACUGCACGUCCUCUUUGUGGAGGACGGGAAGAUGGACCGGCAGAUGUUCUUGGCCACAUGGAAAGACAUUCCCAACGAGAAUGAAGCCCAGUUCCAGAUCAGAGACUGCCCACUCAACACAGAGGCUGCCAGCAACAAGCUCCAAAGCAGUAACAUCUUCACCGUCGCCAAGAGGAAUGUGGAGGGCCAGGACAUGCUCUACCAGUCUCUGAAGUUGACCAACGGCAUCUGGGUGCUGGCAGAGCUGCGGAUCCAGCCAGGCAACCCCAGCUUCACGCUGUCCCUGAAGUGUCGAGCACCAGAGGUGUCCCAGCAUGUAUACCAGGCCUACGAGACUAUCCUCAAGAACUGAAGUCCCUCCAGCAUCCACCCCAGCCUUCUGCCAGCCCUAUUGUGGAGCCCCUGUGGGUGGCGGGUACCUCCUCCUUUCUUUGGGGAAAGGCCAGGUGGACUCCUGACCAUCCAAGAAGCUCCCUUGAGCCUAAUUGAGGGCCGGGAGCAGGGCCAUGCCCCCUCCUGGAGUGAUAUCUCUGUGUAUCUCCAGUAGCUGUUUUUCCAUUGCUGUUGAUGUGGGAUCAAAGGAAAUGGAGCCAGCAUAGCAGCAGAAGCUGGACCGGAGGCCACAGGGUGCUCUUCCUUCUCCCUUUGCCUGGGGGUGAGCAUGGAACUCCCUUUGGGGUCCCAGCCCAUAAUCCCUGCCCUGUCUCCCCACUGAGCCUGUCCUGGGUAGUCUGGGUGCCAAUAUUACUUGCUCUGUCACAGUCUUGGGACUCCAGGGGCUAGAUGUGCUGGGCAGAUAGGAGCCCAGAGGAGCAACCUGGGCCAGCACUAUAUACCCCAUAUAUACCCAGUGGUGCUCUGUGACUGCCUGCAUGGUCCAGAGCCAUCUGGAAUUCUGUUCCCUCAUGCCCUGGAGGAUGGUCACUGCCUACAAAACAUUCCUUGGUGUCCCCUCUGUGAGUCCAGGGCUCUUAGAACAGAAAGAGGGUAAAAGGUGGAGCAAGCAGCAGUGGAAAUGUUUCCAGUGUGGGGCUCCUGUGGGUUCUCUAGCAUCCGCUGCCCUCCCCUGGCUCCCCAGUCUCAGCGUGUCUACAGUGAUAGGUUUUUCUGUCACUGCUGUUUGAUAAUAAAGAGAUUCUGCUUUUGACAGUCA